CCCAAUAUCUAGCAACAACUAGGAUAGGAUCUCCAUUUUACUUUGAGUUGAUUGUCUUUAGAAAUAAUGUUCACCCUUUCCUGUUGUUUAAAAAGUUGGUUCUAUUUAUCUGAUAACAUUAUUUACUUCUCUAUCUGAGAGAUUUAAUGUUAGUAGCUACCAGUAUUUAUGUUCUUACUUUGUUUGGGUAAAUAGGUAUCUACCAAACUAACCAACCAAUUCAUAAUUUUAUCAUCACUGUGCAUAUUUAGGUAGACACACAAUAUAUCUACACAUACACCUGAUGCAAUCUACAGAUAUGAUAAGAGUGACAAGAGGUUGUAGGUGUAGCUAGACUAACAUCAUCCUCCAAAAACCGAUAGGGUCAUUUAGGUAUCCCAUGCAAGGGCAAUAUGAACCUGAUAACUAUAGCCAUCCGUACCUAUAAUUAAUCUCUCUAUCGGUAUCUUCAGGGAAAUUCAGGAACAUGUGCAAGAUGCCGGGCGCCCGGCACAAGAUCCUGGGCCACGUGCUGUCGGGGUUCUGCCACCGCAUGAACCGCCGCAAGCCCAUCCAUGGGGACGCGCUGGACACGCCGCUCAACCGCUGCCUCACCACCUUCGACAUCACGCUGCUGGGUGUGGGUCACAUGGUGGGCGCGGGUAUCUACGUGCUGACGGGCGCGGUGGCGCGACACAUGGCCGGGCCGGCCACGGCGCUCAGCUUCCUCCUGGCCGGAGUCACCUCCACGUUGGCUGCUCUGUGCUACGCCGAGUUUGGCACCAGGAUACCGCGGGCCGGCAGCGCUUAUGCCUACACCUAUGUCAGCAUCGGAGAGUUCUGGGCCUUUAUUAUUGGCUGGAAUAUCGUGUUGGAGUAUAUGAUUGGUGCUGCGUCAGUGGCCAGGGCGUGGUCAGGCUACCUGGACGCCAUGUUAGACGGUGCUAUUAAAAACGCUACAAUCUCCGUUACGGGAGAACUCCACGAGACUCUCUUGAGUCAGUAUCCUGACGUUUUAGCGUUUCUAAUUUGUAUAGCAGCCUCCCUUAUCCUAGCGGUGGGAGUUAAAACCUCCGCUUACAUCAACAACGGCCUCACCAUUUUAAAUCUUUUGGUAAUAUCCUUGGUUAUAUUCCUUGGAUUCUAUUACGCUGACAUCAACAACUGGUCCGCCAAGAAUGGUGGUUUCAUGCCGUUCGGAGUCGGCGGAGUCCUGACAGGUGCAGCCUCCUGCUUCUACGCAUUCGUGGGCUUCGACAGCAUAUCGGCUUCCAGUGAAGAAGCGAAGGACCCGACACGAUCCAUUCCCAUUGCCACCAUCCUGUCUAUGGCUAUUGUAGCUUGUGGGUACAUUCUGGUAGCGUUAGCUUUGACGCUGAUGGUUCCUUAUUCGAGUAUAAACCCGCAAGCGGCGUUGCCGGCUGCCCUGGGCGCGGUGCAUGCUGACUGGGCUAAAUACGCCGUGGCGGUCGGAGCAGUGUGUGGAAUGACCACGACUCUGCUUGGCUCCCUAUUCUCUCUUCCACGGUGCUUGUACGCUAUGUCGGCGGACGGGCUACUCUUCGGAUUCCUGAGCGAUAUGAACAACAAGUCCCAGAUUCCUAUGGCCAAUUUGAUAAUCGCCGGUCUAUCUUCCGCUUUUAUAGCAUUGUUGUUCGAUUUGGAGAAGCUGGUGGAGUUUAUGUCGAUAGGGACGUUAUUGGCGUACACGAUAGUGAGCGCGGCGGUGAUCAUCCUGCGGUAUCGGCCGGCGCCGGUGGAGGACAAGAGCUUCGGCAUCCCGCAGAUCGAGUCGCCCUGUGAUCGGGACGACAGCUCUGCAACCGGCACCCCUGCUACUGAAGGAUCUUCGUCCUCUGAGAUGUUCGAAGCCCUCACAGUAGGCCGCCUCCGCCCUCAAUACGCGUGGCUGGAGCCACUAUGCGGGGGCCGCGCGCCCGGCGCCGCGGUCUCGACCUCCGUGUGCGUGUUCACGCUGGCCGCCGCCGCUCUCUGCGCCCACAAUCACUUCCUGGCAGAACAUGCGGGCCUGUGGGCGCUGUUGCCGGACUUCGUGCUGGCUUGUGUUAUUGUUGCUUGCCUGGUGAUAAUCACGGCGCACCAGCAGAGCCCGGCGCGGGUGCCGUUCCGCGCGCCGCUGGUGCCGCUGCUGCCGGCCGCCAGCGUGCUCAUGAACGUGGAGCUCAUGCUCAACCUCAACGCGCUCACGUGGGCGCGCUUCGCUAUCUGGAUCACUUUCGGCCUCCUCCUCUACUUCCUAUACGGCAUCCACCACAGCAAACUAGGCGAGGGCGUGGCGGGCCUCCUGUCUCGAUCAGCCAGCGGCGGCGGCGGCCACAACUCGUGGGGGGCCGUCGACAAGACCAGCGCGCUCGCCCGCCGCGUCGGCAGACUGGGCAAGGGAAGCAAGAGCGAAGACCGGAAACCCAUCAUAUGCGACGACGACUCACGGCCGUGAUUUUAAACAAAAUGCCAAGAGAUAUAAAGGCUAAUGGACUCUGACCAAUGCCCGGUAACGUAAAGUCUGUUUAAUCUCAGAUACUAAAUUGACAGAUUCUGAACUGUUCAUCAACAGUCGAUUGUCCCGCGAUUAGGUAUAAGUGAUGUAUCGUUAUAUUGCCGAGACAAUCUACUGUUGAUGAACCGUUCAGAAUCUGACAAUUUAGUAUCUGAGAUAAAAAAAUCAGACUUUUAGAACUGUCUGUACGCUUCGUUUUGUGUAAAUCAGUACUGUACCCAAUGCUUGAGGAUUCCUGUAUUGUAUCUAAACGCCAUAGAUUUAUAGACUGUAUUUGGAAACGAUAGGACAAAAAAUUCAAUUGGAAUAACAUCUCUUGUAGGGAAAAGCUAUAGUGAUUGGACAGUAGGUCUUAGUUUAGUACAAUAGUAACUUGUCUCAAUCAAAUAAGAACUUUUCUAGUCAGUUUUUUAGUCUCUAAACCAAGAUUUUUAGUAAUUUUAUUUUAGAAUUUCAUGACAGUUAUGUAAGGAUUCAAUUUUAAGUUUUAAAAACUUAUAAACUGCCACCACUGUAGCAAGGACUGAUGUUCUAAAAAAUAUGUAGUUAGAAAAAUUGCAUACGGAAGCCUGUCUUCAAUUAUGCGCUUAUUUUGAAAUAUUAUUUACCGACUUGUACAGCUUUUGACUGCCUCAUGCAUUUAAUACGUUCAAAAACCCUUACUCAUACUCAACUUUGUUUGACCAUGGUUUGACCAUAAAAAGAAGGCACAAAAACAUUUCCAAUUAAAAUUUAAUGUCAACACAAAUAAAAUGUCCAAUUAAACUAAAAGUAGGUCAAUUAUAUGAUAAUGUAUAUGAAAAUGACCUAGUAAAUGGAUGGAAUGCACGACUGUAAUUUUAACUUCGUACUUAAAUAAAACUUACAGUUAAAAUACUUUUGUUUAUACGUCUUGUUAUAUUUUUAAUCUGAACAUGAGAAAGUUAGUAAUCUGUUUAUUGGAAAAUGUAAUUUAAAUGAGCACAAUCUUUUAAUAUUUAAAGCAAAGUUUUAAA